AUGCGCCGGGCGCGCCCCGUCGACGCGCCGCCGCCCCUCGCCCGCGCCCGCCACGUGAUGGCCCUCUGCGAGGCGUGCGGCGCCGGGGACCGCGACGAGGAGCUGCUGCUCUGCGACAUCUGCGACCGCGGCCGCCACACCUUCUGCCUCCGCCCCAUCCUCCCCGCCGUCCCGCUCGGCUCCUGGCUCUGCCCCGACUGCGCCCCGACCUCCAUCAUCCGUUUCCCGUUGAAGCAGAGCAAGAUCGUCGAUUUCUUCAGGAUCGAGAAGGGCGCGGAGGGCGGCGCCGUCCGGCCGGCAAAGUGCGGGCUUUCUCAGGAUGCUAAGAGGCGAAAGAGGCGAUCUCUUGUUAUGCACAAGAAGAAGAGGAGGCUACUGCCAUUUGUGCCCACUGAAGAUAGAGUUCGAAGGCUUGAACAGAUGGCUUCUGCAGCCACUGCAUUGACAUCUUCGAAAAUGGAGUUCAGCAAUGAGCUGACUUAUGUGCCGAGUAUGGCCCCUAUGUCUGCCAAUCAAGCAAAACUGGAGGAAGGUGGUAUGCAGGUUCUUACAAAAGAGGACAAAGAAACCAUCGAACUCUGCAGAAACAUGUUGAAAAGAGGAGAAUGCCCUCCACUUCUGGUGGUUUUUGAUUCCCAUGAGGGUUUCACUGUGCAGGCUGAUGCAUAUAUUAAGGAUCUCACAUUCUUAACUGAAUACACUGGCGAUGUUGAUUAUUUAAAGAACAGGGAAAAUGAUGGCUGUGAUAGUAUAAUGACCCUUCUAUCACCAGCGGAUCCUUCCCAGAAGCUUGUCAUCUGCCCUGACAAACGUGGAAACAUAGCCCGCUUUAUUAAUGGCAUUAACAACCACACUCCUGAUGGAAAAAAAAAGCAGAACGUCAAGUGUGUGAGGUACGACAUCGACGGCGAGUGCCAUGUCUUGCUGGUCGCCUGCCGUGAUAUAGCUCGUGGUGAGAAGCUGUACUACGACUACAACGGGCAUGAGUAUGCGUACCCAACGCAUCAUUUCGUCUAA